UCAAACCCAGCCAAGUAUGAAUAGAAGUGCGAAUUUCUUUUGUGUUCACACUUUCACUCCUCCAACCAUCGCACGUAGAAUAAUAUUUCUGUUUAUCCCGACUAGCAUCGAACACUCGCGUAGAUGGUUUUGAAUUUGACUGACACUGUGGUCGCGUUCACGUUCGAAACGCGAUUGAACCGAUCGUAAACAUGAUUCGUGCCUUAUACCUCGUUUACCUCUUGCGUUUACACACGUCGAAUAUGGAAACAGACAUCUAGAGGACGAACAAAGCAAAGCGACAGACUGUUACUUUCCAAAGAUAAAGAAAGAUUGAGAAAUUUUUAUACAUUACGAAGAGAAAUGGAAUACGAAAAAUCCUUCAAAAGAAAGAUGUUGCUGUGGACCAGCAAUUGGCUGAACCAGGAGGAUCCAAACCCAGAAGAAGAGGUCCCGUUUACUCCCGACGCAGUGGAAAUUGCUCGUAUUUUGGUAGCGACUGGUUACCGCGUCCGUUUCAUGGACCGGUGCUUGCCGAACGAAAUGUGUCCAGUCACAGGAGUUCCUGCGGAUUCACCAGCGUGCCGGGUGAUCAUAAUGUGUCCUCGUUCAGGGCUCAGAAUGGAGCUGGAGGCUGCAACGUCCUCGUGCAAUUGUCCACCACUUCCUUACGGCCUCGACAAAUCCUGGACCGUCGGCGAACCGGGCAGUGAAGGGAUGGAAGAAGCUGUAGAGUUCACAAUAGCCCGAGCGAAUCAGGAGAUUUCAAAGAGCGUCUCGCAAUUUAUCGCCGGAUUACUAAGAGUGACUGGAAAAUUCUACAACGUGAACCAGACCGAUGAGGUAAAAGUUAAUACCGAAUCGACCGUAGUAUCAAUGACAGAGGCGCAGGAGGCCCUUACACAGUCGGUGAAAUCUGAUUGCGAAUCUUCGGUAAAGACUCCGGCUACAGCUGGCAUCACGGUUGUCACCCCAAGUGCGCCUUGUAUUCCAAAAGCUCCUCCGUCUGACGGGAAGACGGCAAUACCCGGAAGGUACAGGUCUUUGGACACCUUGAUCGGCUCUGGAGCUUUUGUUGACGAUCUUCCGGAACCGGGGCAAUUGACCCCAAAGGAAGAUGGUCGCUCCGGACUAGAAACGGCCAUGGAUGUAGACGCUGAUCCUGAUGCAACCAUAGUCGAGGGCCCACCCUCGGGGCACAAGAAGUUCAUCUCAAAGUCCAGCCCUGCAGUGAAUUACACUGAACAAUUCCAGAGGUCGGAUACAUUCGUAUUCGAGGAGCCGGAAGGGGGAGAAAAAAAUGUGAGGCCCGAGCGGACGAUAAUUCGCAGCGGAACCUACUGUGUUAAGGAUGGUGCUGCGAGCGACGCUGAAAAAGGUCCAAGGUUGGGUCCACCACCGAGUAGAACACUCAGCCCAUUGUCGCCUGUUUUCGCACAGUCGUUGCUGCUGAAUAAGUUGCAGGACAUUCAGCAGGUCGUUAGUGAAAUCAUCGUGCUAGUCGCCGGAAAUGACCAAGUCCCUUCAAGCAUCGGGGACGUCUCGAAGGCCUCUAAGGCUAUCCUCAACGUUGUUCAGCAGAGGGUGUCUGACAAUGUUCGCCCGAUCCGGUGCUUAUCGGACUUCGGAAGUGUUCCUAAUUUGACGCGUGAUGGUACGACAUCCCGGUCGAUUGCUAGACCUCAAAUGCGAAGAUACGCCACGACGUUAGCCGCGCCAGCAACGCCAACGUCCUCGAGGCGCGACGGAGCCUCUCUCUCAAAAAGAGCCUCGACCACAGCGUUGUCGAAUCCUGCAGGAACAGCCGGAAAAACCCAAAGGACUUCCAGAGGUGGGGCCAAUCGACUAGCUGCUCCUGCAAGCGGCCGUCCAACUGCGACGUCUCCAGGUUCAUCGGGGGCCACGACUACAACUCGGAAACUCACACCAGUUAGAAAGUAUGCCAACGUACAGUCUAGCAUUCCCAAACCGAGCAGUGCGCGGAAAUAAUUUCAUUGGAUACAUGCUGUUUAGUCGUAUAUUUGGCUUCAAUUUUAGGUAAUUAAGAAUGAGAUAUAUUAGAGUCGAAAUGGCCUGGGUUUUGAUCAAAGGUGUAGUUACUACUGAUGAUUGUACUCGAAAUUGGUAAUUUUUUUUCUUUUAUACGCAUAUAAAUUUUUCAGCAAAUAAAGUUGCGCAAAAUUA